GUCGUUCCAUCUCACACGAGGCAUCAGCACUACCCGAAACAGCGACCGCAAAGGCAGCUCGUCGUCGAUCGGCAGAGGCGGCAGCGGGGAGGUGGACGCGGUUGGUCGACCGAUCGAUUCUUCGGGCUCGAUCGGAUAGAUGGCGGUGGUAGCGCUAUGUUGGUGGCCGCUGGCGCCGUGGCUCAGCCCCGCCGCGGCGUGGUUCGUCUUCUUCAACGCCGUCGUCGGCGCCAUAGCCGUCAUGUCCUACGGAGCGCAGGGCGAAGCCGGAGGGCCGGCGGCGGCGGCGCGGCGUAGGCUCGGCCGCAGCGGCUCGUCCGUCGUCCUGGAUCGGUUCAGGUCCUUCUCCAUCUUUGCCGCGCACCCCGCGGCCGGCGGCGUCGCCGGGGCGCCGGUCGACGGCGACGGCGCGAGUGUUUCUGCGUCCUCGGACCCGCACUGCUACUACUGCUGCCUGCGAGGAGCAGAGGAGGCCGCCGCGGCUCAGGAACAUCCCAGUCCGCAGGGGGUGGCCGCAACGGCCGCCGGGACGGCGGCGAGCAGCGCCGCGCCGCCGAUCGCGCCUGCACCGGCGGAGGAGGACCACGCGGCGCCCGUGCUGGCACCGGAGAACCAGAAGGAUAAGGCCGACGCAGAGGAGGAGCAAGAUCAACACGUGGCGAAGAAAGAGGCCGAGGCCGAGGAGGAGCAAGAAGAACACGCGGCAAAGAAAGAGGCAGAGGUAGAGGCAGAGGAGAAGCAAGAUGAGUCCAUCAGCUUGGACGAGGCGUACGCGCUGUCCCAGCGGCUCCGCACGCAGGAGCUAGCGUCGCCGCCGCCACUGGUUCCUGCCACUGCGACGGCGGUGGCGCGGACGAAGAAGCCAGCGAAGAAGGCGGCGGAGGGAAUCAGCCGGCGGCGCACGAAAGCAGAGGAGGCGCCGGGUGGCAAGGCCGAGCUGAACGCGCGCGCGGAGCUGUUCAUCCGGCAGUUCCGGGAGGAGCUCAGGCUGCAGCGCAUCAACUCCAUCCUCAGCCACACCCACGCGCUCCGCUCGCCAACGGCGGCGAGGUAGCCGGUGAUCCCGCCGCCGCAGAUUGAUCAGAGCACAGUUUUGGAUUAUUGUUUUUGUGUAGUGUAUGUAUGCAUGUAAGAACAACUCGUUCGACCAGCUCAGAAUCACAGGAGACAUCUAGUAAAGUUUUUCUAUUCUUUCGUUCUACCUGCAGUUCGACUACACAACUUCUUUUGAAAUAUUUAGCAGGCUUAAAGCAAA